GUUAAAAAUGUAUAAAAUAUGUAACCGUACGUGUUAAUUAAUUUUAUGUUACUGUAAUAAAUAAUAACAUUUGAUUUUAAAGCGACCUUGAAUAAAGUAAAUACACAACUAAAGUAAAUACACAAAUACAGAUGUAUCUUACCGUAUCAAGACAGAUUAUAAAAAUUUUUUAAGGGAAGUCAUAAAAUAACGUAUCAGAAAGACUAUAAUUUACAAUUUACAAUAAUAUAUAAAUAUACGUACAUUUUCAUCCUUUUUUUAGUACUGCGCUUACGGUAGGGCUGUCGAUUUUUUGCAUAUGAUAACUUUACUUUUUUGUCAUCCAUGGUCAAUUUUUAUUUAAUAAAUAUAAAAAAAUUAAUAAUAAUAGGUUUGAAAUAUUACUAACGUAAUAUCAAAUUGAAUUAUCACAAUAAUAAUAAUGAUGAUAUCAAUAACAAAUAAACAAAUGAAAGAAAAAGUAAAUAAAAUAUAGGUUUCGAAUUUAUUACAUGAGCAGUCGGUAAAGAUAUAUAAAUAUAACUAUAUUAAUAACAAAUUUAUUAUUUCAAAAUCUACAAUUUGUACGUACAAAUAGAAGUGAAUUUACAUGAAAAUUUGCAACUGUUAAGUUAACUAUAGAAUUUUAAAAAAGUGAAUAUCGAAAAUUUUUUACUGGUGUCAUAGUAACAAAAAAUAAUAAACAGUAAAGUUUGAAAAAGUGUUAAAGGAUAAAGGAGAUUAAAAUUAAAAUAAGUGUCUAUGAGUGAUAAUUUAUAUUUAAUUUAAUUAAUUUAAUUCCUAUAAUUGAGUGAUAUUUAAUUAUUUAGCAUGUCAAACGAUAUUUAUAAUUUUAAUGAGGAAGAUUUACUGAUGUCAACGGAUGAAGAGGAUUUUUUGUUGGGCGAUACGGAGCAAGAAAAUGGCAUCUACGAGGAAAGUAAAAUUCCAGGCUUCACUCAGAACCAACAACCGCGAACCAAUCCGGCUACCCGUCAAGAGAUUGAAGAAGCUUUAAACAAACAUUUGCAGAAUCAGCAAAAUUUGAAGAACCUGAGGAUUUCAUCCGUUGAAAACAUCAAUCUGCGCAAUCAUGGCAAUAAUUUUGGCGAGACUAGUUCUUCAAGUAAUGCUCAGGACAUUGACAGUCCAGUGGACCUCAGUAAAGUCAAUAGUUCAAGCAAUAACUCUGGCGAAAUAACUGAAGUUCAUAAUACACCUGAAUUCGGCGCUCAAGACACCUUUCAUAGUUUCAACAUUUCAGCUAACCCUCACGGCUUCGGCGUUCCAAGCAACUCUCACGGCUUCAGCGGUUCAAGCUACUCUCACGGCUUCGGCGUUCCAAGCAACUCUCACGGUUUCGGCGUUUCAAGCAACCCUUACGGCUUCGGCGUUUCAGGGGACUCUUACAGUUUUGGCGUUCUACCUAACCCUCACGGUUUCGGCGUUCCAAGCAACCUUUAUGGUUUCAGCGUUCCAGGCAACCCUCAUAGUUUCAGCGUUCCAAGCAACCUUUAUGGUUUCGGUCCAGGCCACUCACCUGGUUUCACUGCUCCAACCAAUAAUUAUGACAGUGUAAGGGGCGCUGUAAACUCUCAAAGUGUUGUUAGCGGAACAGACAACCCACCUAGUUUCACUGCUCCAAACAAUAAUUAUGACAGCGUAAAUGGCGCUGGCAGUCUCCAAACUAUUGACGGACCAGGAGAUUCUGAUAGUACCCCUACUUUAACAAAUAAUUCUACCAACAUAAGGGGCGCAGUCAACUCACAGAGUAUUGUUAGCGGACCAAGCAACUCACCCGGUGUCACUGCUCCAAGCAGUAACUCUGGCGGCAUAAAUGGCGCUGGGAGUUUCCCAACUGUUGACGGAUCAGGAAAUUCUGUCAGUACCCCUGUUUCCAGCAAUAAUUCUAACAGCGUAAGAGGCGCUGUAAGCUCGCAGAGUUAUAGUGGACCUGAACACCCACCUGGUUUCACAGCUCGAGGGAACAAACCGGUAAAACGGGGAAAGAAUUCCGGCCGACAAAAAAGGUUCCGGAAUAGAAUAUACCAACUUUAUCAAAAUUUUGACAAAAACACUAAAAAUUUACAACCGACUGUCAAUUACAACUCCGGUGGUGGGAACUUUUACUUUUAUAAUACAAAAUAAAUUUGAUUUCUAAUUAAUUCUAAAUUUGUUUGUAAUGUUCACUAUGUUGUUGAAAUAUAUAAAAAAUUAACUUA